CAAAUAGUUCCAUAAACAAAAAUGAUAAAUACGAAAACAAGUUGCGAAAUGGACUGUACUAGCUCUGAAUGAGUCCAUGUGUGGGGCAAAGUGAAAGUAGAAAAUUCCAGAAAGAAGACAAUGGCACAAACAAAUGAGCUUAGACUGGAUGCUGACGAGUUAAGGAAGUUAGUUGAUGCAGCAGAGAGACAGAGAGUGAAGGAUAUAUUGACAAUAGAACUACGGAAGCUGGAAACAGAGAUUUCUCUUAAAGAAGAUGCAGCAAAACAAAGUGAAAUGUCACAGUCUACACCACAACCUGUCAAACCAUCAGUCUCUCAAACACGCAUACCUACAGUUGAUAUAAAAAAUUAUGCAUGGGAUCAAUCAGAAAAGUUUAUGAAGAUAUAUGCUACAGUAGCAGGUGUAGAAACUGUACCAAAAGAGCAGGUGACCUGUACCUUCAACAGCAGAUCCUUCAGUCUUCGAUGUAACAGCGUAAAUAACAAGAACUACACAUGUGAGGUGACCACCCUAAUGGAAGAUAUAUUGCCUGAUGACAGCUAUUUUAAGAUCAAAACUGAUACUGUCCUGAUAAUGUUAAAGAAGAAGGAGACAGGCAAAACAUGGCCAUAUGUAACACAAACUGAGAAGAAACUAAAAGACAAGCCAACAAAACCACCUAUAGAUAAGGAAGGUGACCCGAAUGACAGUAUGAUGGCCCUGAUGAAACAGAUGUAUGAUGAGGGAGAUGAUGAGAUGAAGAGGACUAUAGCUAAAGCUUGGACAGAAUCUAGGGAGAAAAAGGGCGACAUGGCUUUAUGAACAGAAUAACACACAAUAUCCUUGAAAAAAACAAUGGGACAGACGUUUCUGGAGACUAUCUGUAUACUUUCUGCCAAGUGAAAUUAUACAAAUGUUCUUCAGACUUUGUACUGAAAAAAGUACCUGCCAGAUGUUUAAUAAUUGUGUGUAGUUUAGUUUGUAAUCCUUGUAUUCAAAUACAGAUUAUGGAAUUGAUGAUGAAGGAAAGAUAUUUAUCAAUUGGCUCAGUACUGUAGUUUAAUGGUAUUGCUAAAAGAGAGUUCUAUGCAAUUUUUUUUAAUUUCUUAAACACAAGUCUUUAACUUUAUAUAAUAAUGAAAAUAUUGCAUAAAUUUGCAUAAUGGCUGGUUAUCCACUUACAUCUGAAAUCACAGCAAACUUUCAAGUUUUAAACCUAUGUAUCACUGCAGGGAAUCACAUGAUCAAAAUAAUCUCUAAACCAGAGUUAUAUUUUGAAGAAUAUGAAUAUAAAUUUCCUACCAUGAUAAGACAUGAAAUUUAAACAUAGCCUAACUUGUGACUGAUGAAAAUUGUUAAAUUAUUAUGUAGUUGACAAUAAUGAUAGAUAUCCUGUAAUUACAAACCAUCAGGAAAAUAAGAAUUCUCAGUUUCUUUAAGUGUUCCAGAUAAUCAGAAGGUGAUUUUGAUUUAAAUCUAAGUGGUUCUAUGAAACAUCUCUGUUGUCAUAUGAUAGGCUAUAUUUUAGAUUUACAGCAAAAGUUGCUUCAAUAUAAUUCCAUAUUAUUCAUAAACUUAUUUUGGUUUGGAGAUUAUUUUGAUCAUGUGAUUCCCUGUGUAUACUUGAUUGUCAUUAUUGUGUUUUUGUAAUGAGUAUUUUCAAAUUAUUUGUAAUAAAAAUAGAGAAAACUGGA